AUAUAAAAAACAUACAUAUAAAAAUAUUACGUUAGUAAUAUUUGCAUUCUUAAAUCAAUUGCUUUAAAACACCACAAUGUUUUCUCUUUCAACUGUGUAAAUUGAGUGGUUACUGUUUUUUAGUAUUGAAUGUAAACUUCAAGAGGAAAGGUUAUGUACAUGAGGCACGACAUAUUUGGUGAAGGGAGGAUGAAGAAUGCCCCGCGUCGGUGGAGACGGGGGUGGAGGGCCGGAGAAGGCAGGGGGGAGCGGAUUCGGAGGAUGGCUCGGGGGUGCAGCAAGAGCCAUGACUGGGGGAAAUGUCGGCGGUGGAUAUGUGGUCCUUGGUGGCACCCGAUAUGGUCUCAGACUUUCCCAGGAGAGUCUACCACCGUCGAACUCGCGAGAGGAGUCUCAGGAGCGACGUCGAAAGAGGAGUUCACGAGAGAGCGACUCUCGAGAGAGGCUGACAGAGAGGUAUCCGGAAAACGCGGCGCUAGAGCUGAGCUCCAGCAUCGCCGACUGUUGUUGCAUAGGUCCACGUUCGCGUCUGCCGUUGCCGAGGAUCCCACCAGGGUCGACAGGGUCGAGCACGACGACGUCGUCGUCGUCGACGUACGGUGUCGGCGGAGGAGGAGGUGUAGGUGGAGUUGGAGGUGGCGGUGGAGGAGUAGGUGGACAGGCUCCUUUUCCUGGGCCUCCCACGUCUUCGAACAGCCGCGUUGUCGGCGUGGAACAGCCGGUGACGCUGACGACGCCAACGACGUCGGCGCAACCGUUGGUGAACUCUAAUAAUAACCGAGGGAUGCUGCAAACGUCGUCGGUGGGGAACAGCACUGGCCAGCACCAUCAACCACAAUCGUCCGCAGCUCUAACGGCGGCGGUACCGUCGUCUUCAUCGCCAUCCUCCUCGACGUCGUUCAGCGUAUCCACCGCCGUCCCGACGCUGCAGUCCGUCUCGGUGCCGCGGCAGCUAGCACAGUGGACCAAGCAUCAGACGCUGAAGCUGCAGGAACCAGCAGUGAUAGCGGUGGACCGAUUGCACAGGUUCCGGUGGAGCGGGGGCGGAGGAGGAAGUGGCAAGAAGUCCUCUUCCGGCCCCCGGAGCGAUAAGGCCGAGCGCCUUCGAGAGCUCACCGAGAAACUCAAGGGACCAGCACCCGUACCGCCACCAAGAAGACCUUCCAGAAUCCAAGCAUCCUCUCCACCUCCUAGUGGAUAUCAACCACCUUCGCCAAGUUAUCCCCAGCCAACGAAUCAAGGAUGUCGUUGCGAUGGUCGACCUUCGUCCCGAAGUUACACGUACAGCGAGGGCAGCGGUCACGGUUCCAGCAAUCAGCAGUCUCCGCAGCACCACCUGAAGACGAUUGGCCGAAGUGACAGUGUGGGUGACGAGUGUUUGAGUGAGUCGGGUAACGAUGGGUGCAAGAAGCCGUGUGCCGACUCGAGGAGAUCCUCGCGGUCGACCAGGCAACACGAUAGGAACAGUGGUGACGUAAGUGACAUCAAACACGAGCUGAACGUCAGUGCGGACGCGACGAAACACCUCAGACAGUAUAGUGAUUCGGUGGUGGAUAGUGGUACGUGUGUGGACGAUUUGUGUGACAAUUUGAACGCUACAUCCGGAGCCGGCAACGACGCUGAAGCCAGAGACGCCAUCACCAGGUUGGAGCCGAGGGGACCUCUUCUUACUUUUCACAGAGCUGGCGCGCCGUUCAGAAGCGCUUCGUUCGGACAGGUGGAUUUCAAUCAAGCGAAUCGACAUAAGGCACAGCCAAUAGCGACAUCGAAUCGAAACGAGAGCAAGGAUGUCCGUGCAAGCACGUUGCCCCGAAGACGAGGAGACGUCAGUCCAGUUGUCUCGACGCCUCAAAACAGUCCUAAUCGUCAAAGUCCGAGAACGUCAACGCCUAGCGUGGACAGUGCGGUCGGUUCAGCGGAAGGUUUGGGCGUACCUCAAACCGGAAAUGUCGAGGAGAUCCGACCACGAAGCGAUGGUUCCGACAGCCUGGCGACUUCCAGUGCUCUCACCAGCCCGGAACCACCGGUUCCUGAGAUCAACGAGCCGAGAGUUGAUCUGGUGCAAGCCGACGUGCCUUCCGUCGAGAUGGUUAUGUCCGAGCCCGUUUUUCCUCUUGUGGACACAACUGCGAUCGAGGAUGUUCUGCAGAAAGAAAACAGAAUGGAGCCCCACGAGGUGAUAAUAACGCCGCCACCCGAGGAGCCACGACUGAGUCAAACGUUAGAGGGUAGCGAGACAGCGAGCGAAGCACCCUCGGAAUCGUCCUCUCCGGGUAAAACGCGAAGGUAUCGAGGCGAUACUAGCAAGAGAAGAAAGGGUGUGUAUAUAACUCAAUGGCCGGAGCCCUUGGACAGCGACCGGAACAAAUUGUCGGCUCAGAGCAGCGAGGAAAGAGACGAGCCACCUGCGACGCCCAGCGACCUCUCUGACUGUGAGGGCCACACGCCUAGAAGGUAUAGUAAAAGACCGCUACGAGGCCCCUACGGGCAAAUGCUCGAGGCAGAAAUGGCGAAGCCGCGAACGACGGAUAUCGCUUUGGAGGAAGGUCUUCGUCCGCAUAGAAAAAUUUCUGCGAAUCUGUCGUAUAACACAAGCUCGAAUAACAGCAGUUCAGAACCGCCCACGCCAUGCCAUCACAGAACCACUUCCAGCCCGAGCAAACUCGAAGGCCUUCCGGGACCAAGUCCUGAACUUCUCGCUGAACUACUUCGAGGAUCUUCGGAGAGGGUGGCUCGCGCACCGGCGCAUCGAAACGAUACAAGGACUCACGUGGUCGUGGAACUUUAUGACACCGAGAGGUCGUAUGUGGAAGCGUUGCAAAUACUAGUCAAUAAAUACUUGCAACCAUUGAAGAGUCCUGAAAAUGCUGGUCUGGUGGACUCAGCGACGGUGGACGAGAUCUUCUAUCAGAUUCCCUCUAUACUCAAUCAUCACGAGGUAUUCUUGGAAGAACUACGCAAAAGACUCGAUACUUGGGAACUUAAGCAGACGAUUGGUGAUGUUUUUCUCGAUGUGUUCACGAAGCCAGUCGUCUUGGAGACGUACACCCUUUUCCUUGAUAAUUGGAAAUCCGCAAAGAAGGCGAUAAAAACGACCUGCCAAGCGAAACCGGCUUUCGCACGAUUCCUCGAGACAAUGGAGCGGGAACACAAAGGAAAACUCGGGUUGGAUCAGUUAUUGAUCAAGCCGGUACAGAAGAUACCCCGUUACGAGUUGCUGAUCCAGAGGCUGCUGAAACAUACUGAUACCACGCAUCCGGAUUACGAAUUGCUUCAAGCCGCUCAAAAGGAAGUGCACGAGCUGGUCGUGAAGAUCAAUUGCACGGAAAGGGAGUCUCUCGAGUGGGAACAGCAGCAGACUACUUUGAGGGAGGUCCAGGCACUCGUCGAAGGACUUGCUGGUAUCGUAACGAACGACAGAACGUUUGUCCGCCACGAUCUGGUCACCAUAGCGUCGAAUCAGGGAACGAGGAAGGAACGAGCGCUGUUUUUGUUCUCCGAUUUGCUGGUCAUCACCAGUAUCAAGAGAAGAAGCGGAACCAUCAGAAAACCGUCAACUUCCUGUCCGAACAGUCUGGUUGGCCUAUUAGAAGCGAACAAGUACAAAAUGUUGAUGAGAAUACCACUGGACGACCUAGAAGUGAUGAAAGCCAAAGACGAGAACUUGAGACGAAUGGCGCGCGAGGUAGAUCAUCUUCGCGAAGACUGCGCGACGUUGACUCAACUUCAGGAGCUGGUGUCAACGUUGCACGGCGCAAAACAGCAAUUAGAGGAUCUUAUCAAGGAUAUGCUUGGCCAGGCACAGCGUCAAUUGGCCGAGAGGAACGCGGCGCAUUCGCAGUUGGCCUGUUUGGAAUUAACGCUUAACACUCAGGCUGGAAUCGAGAAUAUAUCCGUGAUGUUUACAAAGCCGGACAAAAGGGCUAGCUGGGAGGAGAGUUUUAACGAAGCCAAGCAAAAGUUAGCGUUGUCCGCUGAUAGGAGGCCAUGCCCCGAAUUUGUGGGUCCUCUGCCGAUUCGAAAGACCAGGGCCGGCUUGCAGUUCACCUGUGCUGCACCCACAUUGGUCAAUGGACAGGGCUCCAGGGAUGUGUGGGUGUGCAAUAGCGACGGAUACGUGGGUCAAGUGUGUGUGUUGAGCUUGACCCCGGAACCACCGCAGGUUACAUCUUGUAAUGGAGUCUGCAACGCGAGAAUUCUAUGCGUCGCUGGGAUUCCGGCGUGCACGCAGAAAUCAGUAGAAGAGGGCCUUACUUUAAUUGUAUUAUAUUUUAGAUCAAAUUCGUGCGUGACUAACAACAUUUCAUUCGCGAACAGUAAGAGCGGCAUAAGCAUCUCGGUCCAGGAUGUCGAUGCCAGUGGCGGGAACAUACAGUUAGAUAGUAGCUCGAGCUCCGACGACUCGGACUCGGACGACAUUCCAUGUGCAGAUACGGGUAGCCUAACUUUGGCCGGCGAUGUUCCAAGUAUCGACAGUGUCACGACAGAGGAGGAUGUCAAUCAGCCGACCAUGUGGCUAGGAACCGAAGACGGAUGCGUACAUGUUUACAAUUGCAACGACAAUAUCAGGAUAAAGAAGAACAAAGUGAAGAUACAACACAAUAGCAGUGUGCAUUGCAUAAUAUAUCUGGACAAUAAAGUAUUCGUUUCGCUAGCUAACGGAGACAUCACCGUCUACACUCGAGAUCAUUUGGGUGGUUGGAACACACCCGACCCGACGACCGUGUCAAUCGGUACAGCGGCAUCUCCGGUCACGAAGAUGCUUCCGGUGUCAGGGAAACUUUGGUGCGGUUGUCACAACUCCGUGAAAAUCCUGAACACCCAUACGUUGGAUAUCGAGCACACGUUCGCUGUCAGCAACGACACGUCCUUAUCAGUUUCCUGUAUGGCAAGUUCAGGUGGUCUUGGAGUCUGGAUUUCUUUGCACAACAGUGCCGUACUGCGACUCUUCCAUUCUGGUAGCUACGAAUGUUUGACGGACAUCAAUAUUGCACCAGCUGUUACCAAAAUGCUUACCACAGGUUGCGAUGACAUAAUACGACAGCAUAAGGCCGCCUGUCUCAGGGUCACCGCACUUUUGGCUUGCAACGAGUUGCUUUGGAUCGGCACAAGCGCCGGCGUACUAUUAACCGUGCCAAUUCCCCAUAUAAAGCCAUCCACUCAGAGGAUGUCUCAGCCGCCGAUCGUAACUGGUAUUCCCCAUGGACAUACCGGACACGUUCGUUUCCUUACAUGCGUGGAAACGAUCGCGCCAUCGAAACCAGAUCCACGUCCAAAGGUGAACAGAUACUCUCUGAAAUCUAGUAAAACUCAGCAGAAUAACAUCAAUCGCGGAAAGCUGCUGGUAAUUUCGGGAGGAGACGGUUACGAGGACUUCAGAGGUCCACAAGCAUCCGCGGAGCUGCAGGCUGGUCGCGAGGAUUCGACCAACCAUCUGCUGCUAUGGAAGGUGUGAUGUGAUCUAGUACGGCCCUCGGUAAGGGCCGCAGUUCACGCACGUCGGCAUGACACGCCGUGGGAAUCGUUGUCGCGUGUGCAAUUCACACGUGGUCGGGUCCGUCAUCGUCCGAUCGUGGCUGUUCAGGACGUAUUCGCCCGACGAUUUUUCAGGGAACGUGGAAAGGUUCUCUGGCUCGUUUUAGCCGAGUGGAUCAAGACCAGGAUAAGGGAGGUCCGUUAGCAUCGAGGAGAACACGGUUUCCAGAUUAUGGAGUCUAACAUUCGUCAUUAACGGUGAUCAAAGCUCAAGAGAAUACCUUCAAGUGAUUUGUUCGACAUUUGUUGGAGUGUGUGAAACGGUUCACUGAAAUCAAACAAUUCCUUCGUUGCAACUUUGAUAAACAGAAUGGUUGCUACCGCUGGUUGAUUUCAGGUAAUCGCUUCCAUGCGAGUUUGUGCUUUGUCUUGAAUGAAAUAACGAGCAGGAAGAUAUGUAUACGUUCCGAGAAUUCGAUUUGCGUGCUCGCCAGGACGAUGUACGAAACAAUGAAAUGUAACGAAACAGGAUACCUGGAAGAGCGUUGUAUCGAGCUUACACAGACACACACAUACACACACAUGUAUACAUGAGGUGACACUGGCCUAAAAUAAUUUACGCGCUAAAGAAAAGGGAACUAAUCGAGUUAAUGUGCCAAAACGAAUUUAUCAUUGUCCACCGAUCGACGUAGCGCGCUCGCGAAAGCCGACUACGUUCGUUAGUCGUUUAAUUAAUAAACACAAAACUGAAUGUGUUCGUGUUUAAUCGUAAAUGGAAUUCCAUCGAGUUUAUUGAACGCUGCACGCGUCGCUAGCAUACGUAUCGGAUACGAAUAUCACAACACCUUUUUGGAAUUGAAAUUUCUCUGAUUGUAUAUUGUUAUAGUUGCUGAUCCACGGACUCGUAAUUUGCUCCAAUGUGAACGAGAGAAAGGGGCGACAAUUGCGCCGAAUAUACUCCUGUUGUGUAGAAGACCAAAACGACGAUGUAUUUGAUAACAUUUUUCUCUUCUUUUUUUGAUUUUGUUGAAAAUUGUUGCAAGAGAAUGCCAGAGAAUUUUAUUGAAGAAAUUCUUUUAAUGCCUUCAAUAAAUGUUUGAGAAGCAA